ACCUCUUCAGAGGAAACACCCGAUCUGUGGGAGUGACCACAAUCCGACAAGUAACGCUGUUUUUGAUAUUUAUAUCUGAGACGGGUUGAAAUGAUUUAAAACUACUUUUGCACGUCUGGGGCACCCAUCGGCAGGCCACGUCGAACCCUUGUCCCGGAGCCGGCUCGCAGAGACAUGCGGGGUCUCUGGGCCCUGCUGCUCACCGCUCUGCCAGCCCUGCAGGGGGCGGCGGCCGUGGCGGCCCAGGAGCGCAAUUCUUCGCGGCUCUGCCAGCCCCCGCCGCGCUGGGAGGUCAGCGGUCGGGCCCCCAUGGAGGAGCUGCGGGGCCGGGUGGCGGUGGUGGCGCUGCUGAAAGCCAGCUGACAGUUCUGUCUGACGCAGGCCUCCCGCUUGGGAGACCUGCGGACCCGGCUAUCCCGCAGUGGGAUGACGGACGUUGGGUUCCUCAUAGUGAAUGAGAGGGAGCCCGUGUCCAGAGCCAUGUUUUGGGAGCUGAAGAGGAGAGCACCAGAGGGGAUCCCCGUCUACCAGCAAGGCCUCUUCCAGAGCGAUGUCUGGGAGAUCCUGGAGGGGGAAAAGGAUGACUUUCUGAUAUACGACAGAUGUGGGCUCUUGACCUUCCACAUUGUCCUGCCGUACAGCUUCCUUCAUUACCCCUACGUUGAGGCUGCAAUCAGAGCCACCUACCUCAGGGACAUCUGUGGGAACUGCACACUGGAUUCAAGUGACAACCAAGGACUGAAUGCCUCUCAGAUUCCUGAGAGAAAAGAGAACGUCACGGACGCCGAGUGCUUAGACGACCACGAGCAGCACCAAGGGGAGCAGAGCAACGGCCCCCAGCCAUCACGCCACAGCCAGGCCCAUCACAGUGGGCACCGCCUGGUACACGGUCCCUGCCGUGACAAAGGCCGGAAGAGACCACCCUCUCCGCAGAACAGCACCCUCUCCGCUCGCCAGCAUGCACACUCCCCCCACACCAUCCACAGUCACCACGAUCUCCACCAGCACUGAGCAGGCUGUGACCGCCCACCAAGGGCGGAACUUCAAAGGCAGUGCACCUUCACAGCUACUGCCUGUUCUCUCUGUGCCCUGCUGUGCAUUUAUAGAGGGUAUUGCUAGACAUUGCUCAGUGAGAUUUGCAUUCUUGACAUUAUACUAUGAAGAGUGCUUACCCACGUUCUUCUGUAAAUGCAUGUAAUUAAGAGUCUGGUAAUAGCAUGCCUCUAUAUGUAUUCAACAGCGAAUAUCCCAUGUGCAUUCAUUACUGUCUUGAGUCCAAGCUGAUCUCUUUCAGAGCCUGUUCGGAAGCUUCUUUUGUGCUGUACGAAUCUUGCUUAGUGGUUAUUAUUGCAUAAAUGUUUGAAUGCAUCCCUGGUAACAAAAUUACAGUGUAGCCCUGCACCAGCACAAAGUGACUGAUCAGUCAAAUCUUUAUCAAGGUAACAUUUAAGGGGUUUUUUUGCAAACUAAAGACCAGGGCUGAUUACAACAAAUAGCACCACAACUUUCAAUUUGUUUGUUACAGAUGCUUCCUUCAUGGUCAUUUUGCUAAAUGGUGCAUAAACAUUCACCUACUACAUCUGUUUGUCUCAUAGGAAACAACUGGGUAGUGUUGUUCUCAGGCAUACAUUCCAUGAUUGACAGAUGAUGCUUAAUAAGAAUAGAUGGUUGUAAAAUGUUUCAUGAAUCACAAACCAGGGUCUGAAGUUGCACUGAUGGGGUUUGAGUUACUGAUCUGCAGAUAUCUGAUUUUAAUUCUGAGCCAGUGCUUUCCAGUUCAAAGUUGGAUCAUGUUGACUGGUUCGAUGCCGAAGCCUGUAAGUCUUCUAAAUUGAAGCUGACCUAUCUCCCUGAUCUUGCCCUCGUUCAGUCCCAAGAUAUUAGUGAUUUUUUGUCCCCACCUGUUUGGUCCCUUCCAGUUAUCUGCUCCACUGCAUUUAAUGAAAUCUUCAGCUCAAACCACAGAGGGGUGGCUACAGACGGAUGAUGUGCAGAGGAGAAAGUGAGGAAGGAAAUCAACUACACAGCUUUAUGAAAAUCACGUUUCAUAUUGAUAUUAUCAUCAAUCUGGGGGCUAAAGGUCAGGCUGAUUUCAAAAGGAAUGAUCUUGGUUCUUAACUUCAUUAUAAAUGUCUUACCCGAGUUUGUGCUUUUGGUUAUUUUUUUCAAUCGGGUGAAUGGUACACGGAUCUGCUCGAGUUCUAUGGAUAUUUUUAAAUUCAGGUGCCUUCUUAAAAAGUUUCUUUGGUAAAGCACACAGAUACACAUUCUUGCUUAAAGGCGGAAUACUAUUUGUAAGACAUCUUUUCAAGGUGUCGUGAUAAAUAGAUUAGUAUGGGUGACUCUUGUUACACGAAACGUUCUAACAAAGAUUCUGACACUACAGCUCUGUGUUGCUUGCACACUUGCUUUUCAGGGUCAUCGAAGCUGAAGGUUACAUUGCAGUUAUCUUCUAAAAAGUGUCCUUGAUCAAUCUGUUUCUGCAACUUUAAAGCUCAAAGCAGGACACCUGUCCGUUCCAGGGCACACCAGCACAAUCUAGAGACACUAGCUUCCCCUCCAGCAUGUUUUUUGGGAGGAAACUGCAGCAUGCAGAUAAAGCCAGGACAGCAUGCAGACUCCACACAGAAGGUUUCCAGCUGGGAGUUGCACCCAGAAUAGCUGUGUUAAUAUUACAGCUGUGAAUACAAGGAGUUGUUUGGUUGGCUGGUGCCAUUGGAUGGUCAGCUCUUUCAUUUUUCAUGAAGUGGUAUUGUAAUCUGUGUCACUGGUGCAAGAUGAAGUGUUUUUGUAUGGACCACGUUUUCCUAGACUGAAAUUUUCCUAUGGUUACAUACACAGAUUAGCUAUUGAUGCAGUUACUUUUGCAUUAUAUACCGUUUAUGUGUUUGUGCACUGAAUACUGUCUUAAAUCAUUUACAUUGCUCACUAGAAAUGCGAGAGAGUAGCCUCAUGUACUGUUUUUUUUUUUAAAAAAAAAACCUUAAACCACUUUUCCACAAUAUACCUCCGCACAAGAUCUAACUGCAUGUGGUUGCUGCGGUUUGGGCUGACUACCGUUUUGACAGAAGGAUGUUUCACGUUAUGAAUACAUCAUUACAAAUGAAGCUGAACCUUCCCAGAAAAAGGAAAAAAAAAUGUUCUCAACUAAGAAAAACGUAUUGCAACAAUAAACGUUUUGAUUGCGUUAA